GCAACUAACGCUAAACGGCGUGUUUAAAUAAUUCCAUGAAAACGUUUCAAUUUUCUAAUUGUUCGCAAUUCCCUCGGGACCUGUAAUGAUGAAAUACAACGCCAACUACGCCCAUCGCGCCACAGCCUUGGGUAGUUUCAUUUCGACAACAUGAAGAGACACACGAGAGCUGGAAGCGUUGGAGAAGCUCUGCCUCCUGAUUUAGAGAGCAAUAAAAAACUUGAAUCUCCUAAGAAAAAACCAAAAAGAGGGAGAAAUAAUAUAAUAAAAGACUAUCUCAUAGACUACACAUCGAACUCAAAUCUACAUGGCCUCAAGUACAUCGGUGAGAAGGAGAGAACAUUUGUGGAAAAGGUGUUCUGGAUAUUCAUGUUCACGUGCUGCGUGGUGCUGUGCGCGGGCCUCAUACAGAAGGUGUACAUCAAGUGGAAUGAGAGCCCUGUCAUCGUGAGCUUUGCAGAGAAUCCGAUGCCCGUUUGGAAGAUACCCUUCCCGGCUGUGACAGUGUGCUUCGAAACAAAAGCCCAGCAGUCAAAAUAUAACUUUACAGAAGUAUACCAUAUUUACCUCAACAAUACAGGCAAUGAUACCACAGGGAAUACCACAGAACUCACCGAUGAAGAAAAAUUUGUCUUUGAAUACGUCUCCAUGGUUUGCGAUUCACAUCUAUCUCCCACAACUGGAAGAAAAUAUGGCAGUGGCGCAGACGCAGUUGCUAAAUUGAAAGAGGUGUGCCCCAACAUUACCGAAUCCUUCUUUGGAUGCAAAUGGGAAAAUAUAAACAGAGAUUAUUGUUCAGAUCUGUUCUCGCCUAUUUUGACUGAGGAAGGAAUAUGUUACACGUUCAAUACACUGGGAGCCGAGGAAAUGUUACGAUUGGAUAAUUUACAUCAUGACUACGAUUACCUACAAGAGGGAAACCCAAAUCAUACAACGACUUGGAGUUUGGAAAACGGAUACCCUGAUGACACGCCAAUAGUCACUUAUCCUCAUAGAGGCUCUGGAUAUGGAGCCAAAGCCGGACUGACAUUUAUAAUCAAGGCUUCGGAAGUAGACCUCGACUACCUUUGCAGAGGUCCAGUACAAGGAUUUAAGAUUCUUCUGCACAAUCCCGCAGAGCUGCCGAGGUUGUCAGUGCAGUACUUCAGGGCCCCUUUGUCUCAGGAGGUCGUGGUAUCGGUGAAACCUAAAAUGAUGACGACUUCCGAUGGCUUAUUGCCUUACAGUCCUAACAUCCGAAAAUGCUAUUUCCCGAGCGAGCGUUACCUGCGGUACUUCCGCGUGUACACGCAGGCCAACUGCGAGAUGGAGUGUCUCAGCAACUUCACCUACGCGCGCUGCGGCUGCGUACACUUCGGCAUGGUUUAUGGUGAGAACAUGACAGUAUGCAGUGCUGGAAGCAUCCAAUGUGUGCAAAAUGCUCAAAAGGAGCUGGUAACAGUAGCCGCCAUGAGUAGCCUGGAGAGAGAGUCGGCAGACAACAGCAGCGUGAUAGACGAGAACGCGCGCGACAUCGCCAUGCGCUGCAUGUGCAUGCCGGCGUGCACCUCCAUCGAGUACGAGGCAGAAACCUCGCAGGCAGACUUUGACUGGAGGGCUAUAUUCACCAGCUUCAAAUCCGAGAUACCGCCGGAUCUAGAUGACACAUACAUGACACGUAUCUUCAUCUUCUUCAAAGAGGCGCAGUUCAUCACGUCGCGCCGCUCCGAGCUGUACGGGCCCACGGACUUCCUCGCCAACUGCGGAGGCUUGCUCGGCCUGUUCAUGGGCUUCUCCAUUCUCAGCGUUGUUGAGAUACUCUACUUCCUCAGUUUACGGAUAAUCUGCCUGUUUUGGAAAAGGCGAGCCCACAAACGCGUGGCGGAUAAACCCAUGACCAAACUGGAACAUCCUUACACUGACUAGAAGAACUU